AUGGGCUACACGAUCAAGCAGAAGAUGGACAUUUGUCUCAAGGCGGAGGCCAAUCCCCGGAUGACGCAAUCGGAUCUAGCGCAAUGGGCGAUGCACGAAUACGGCUCGAAAAAACCCCCUUCGCAAACCACGAUAUCACGGAUCCUCGCGUCCAAGAACGACAUCAUUGCAUCUAAGGAAGGCGACUUUACGCUUAUACGGCGCAGGAAGCAGUCGAACCCUUUGUUGCGCAAGAUCUUGGCUGAGUGGAUCACGCAACUCAUAUGGGAGAACAUACCAAUCACAACGCCGAUUAUCCAGCUGACGGCGAAUAAUAUUUGGACGCGACUACCGGCAGGGGACAAGUCUGGUAAUGGCAUCUUUAACCAGAAAUGGUGUGCUCAUUUCAUCAAGCAGUUGAAUGUCAAUGUCGUUGGCACCGAGGAGGAUAAGCGGAGGAAUUGCGGGUACCCCUUGAAUAGAGUGUGGAAGUUGGACGAAAAAGUGGAGUUGAAGCAGUAUCUCGCUGAGUUGAUUCACGCGGGAAGUUAUACCCCAAGCGACGUGUUUGUCAUUGACGAGUUCCUGUUGUUUUACUCGCUUCCUCUCGACCAGAUUUUCCACGUGAGUUCGAUUGAUAAGGGAUUACCGCAGAAUCACCAGCAGCAGGCCUCUAUUGAAGACUCGUUGACGAUUCUACUAGGGUGCAACAUUGAUGGGCUGGAGAAGUUGAUGCCGUUGAUUGUGGGCAAAUACGACAAGUUUGACGUCUCGAGUAGCUCCGUGGGCAAUUUGAAGCAUGUCAAUGUGCAGAAUAUCCCCCAUGACCAGUUGAUGAAUAAAAUCGCCGAGAAUUACAAUGUCAUUUACAAGUCCAACUUGAACAAGUGGAUCACGUCGCAGAUGUUCCAGCGGUAUUUGUUGACUUUGGACCACAAGAUUCAUAAUCAGACGCCGCAGAGGCAAAUCUUGGUGCUUGUGGACGACUGUUCUAGUCACCGCAUCAUCAAUGUCAAAUUCGAACAUGUCAAGCUCGUGUAUCUUAAAAACGAGACUAACCAUAAGAACCCUUAUCAUACUGCGUUUGGCGGAGCUAAAUUCGAUUAUCUACCGAUGAAUUUCGGCAUCAUUGAAGAGUUCAAGAUUCUAUAUCGUAGCCAGCAAUACUCGGCCAUGAUCAAUUUACAAAGAACCAAAUCUAGCAGGAAUGCCGAAAAGCUCAACUUUAUGAACACGCGAAGCUCCCCCGCGUUGGAAGUCUUGUCUGAGCAUGACUAUCAGAUACCCAUGGUUCAAGUGAUUGAGUGGGUGACGAAAGCAUGGAGUGCCAUAACACCUGAACGGAUUUUCCAUUCGUGGAGAAGAACACAUUUGCUAGGUCUCAAAUUGAACAAGUGGGCUCAUGUGCCGUCUCGCGGUUUAGCUAAUCGAAUGGUGCAGGAUUUGGAAAAAAAAUUGGCUCGAUUUGAUGAGACAUUGAGUUUUAAACAGUUGGAGGAGUUAAUGACCGGUUUGAAUGUGGUGAUACCGUGGGAAAUUGAGGAGUUGAUUGGGUUAGUGAAUGAAACAGGCAAGAUUACAUUGAGCUAUGCGUCAAUCGAGGAAAUCAUCGGUAGUUGUCUACUGGAGUCGAGAGAAGGUGAUGACGAUGGUGAGUUGGAGGUUGACGACGCCGAGGAUCAAAUCAAUGAGUUGGAAGUAUCGGACCAAGCUAGUGUCACGCCGUGGCAGUUAUCGGAACAAGAGAUUGAUCGCGCGAGCAGCUUGCUUUUCAACAAGGCGAUCGUGGACUCGAGUACGAGCGACUUGUCUUUUAAUUACCAGAGUCCCGCUAUUAAGCACAAGAUUCCACCAGCUGAGAAAGUACCCCGUGGGAAGAAAAAGAAAACCACCGUUGCAAAUGCCACUGCUCCCAUUUUUAUGGGAUUCAAUUCGCCCGUUAGCAUGCUGACGACAACAAUCAGCUAUCCAAGCCCCCCACCACCGCCGCCGCCACACCAACAACAACAACAGAUGAUGAUGGCCACGUAUCUGGCGAACGGAGCUAUGCCGGCGUCAGCGACAGCAGCUGACGAUUUCGAUAUCAUUAACGGCAUCGGCAAGAUCUUGGGCUACUCCACCUCCAACGCCAUCAAUCUCUCGCAAGCUACCAUCGAUGACCUAACUUACAAUUUGCGUUCAAUUCAAUCGCGAUUAAAACAGCAGGCGCAGUUACCCAACCAGUGA